UUUUCGGGUUUUUCUUCCAACAAAAUCGAUUUGUUCCUAGAACCAUAGAAACAAAUGUCAAAACACAGCGGUUUGGCGUGUGGAUGGGUGGAAUACUGUAAUAGUGUGUUCAUGCACCCCUUCUAAACCAAAAUCGUACUUCAUUAUAUUAUAUUACUUCAUGUUCAUGUAUCAGUGCGUGUAAUACAUCGCGUUUGACGUAAUUCGGUUAAAAGUUGAAUUUGAAUCUGCAAACUGUGCUAACUAUAGUGUUCAUUGUCAAAAUAUAAUUUUUAUUACAACAUAAUAAUAAUUGGCACAAAUAUUUUGAAAAACAAAAAUGAAUUCGAUAGUCGUUCCCGACAAUUUACCAGAAAUAUUAAAAAAAUAUGUGAAGGCCGCGAUUCGAUCUCAGCCUGAAGACAUUGUUAGUUGGUCAGCAGAGUAUUUCAAAAGCGCAGAUGAUCAAUACGUUUCAUUGCCUACUACACAAAAACAAGAUCGAACUCUAUUCAGAAUAUUAGCUUUUCAAUUAGGUACCACGAUAGGCACUAAAGAAAGAAUAGAAGAAGUGUGGUCGGACUUAUCACUCGAUUUCAAUCUAUUAGAACAAAUUUAUACGAUUGGAAAUUUUCGUUCAGAACACGUGGACAUGGUAGAAUUUUUGGGUAUAACUUUUGGACAUUGGACAAAAUCGCUAAAAGAAACUGUGUUAUUGUGCUGCGAAGCAUUCUGUAAAUGUUUGGCCACUGACGGUUAUUUCAUGCACGUGGAUGUCGCUUGCAAGCUCUACGGGUACCUAGCGAAAUUGGAUUGUUCACUUCCGGCUGAUGAUGAUUGCCCAGACGGCGACGUGAGUGGCAGCAAACCGGCGAAAGUCCAAACCAGCAGGUCUCUGGACGCGUCUCCGGCGCCGCCGGCCAACGGAAACCAGCUGCAGCAAAACAAUGUUUGCGUAUCAUUGGAAUCGAUUUUGGCCCGUCGUCUGGCAGCAGCUGCCGUAGACGGUGGACCGAAGACCGGGUACCACGUACCAGGUAUCGGAAUGGCCGCGUCCGAUGGUCAGGUGCAAGCGGUAUUCGUGUAUUUCCGAAAAUGCGCUGCCGACCACGGCGGUUACGUGUACGAUUUCGACAUCGAGAACGAUCGUUGCCCUCCGUUGGACGCUAUUAAUAAUAAUUAAACCACGACCUGAGUGUCGUAACCACCGUGAAUUUCGCAGUUUUGUUUCGUAACGUCAUUAUAUUUAGCGGGUACACGCGCGUGUCAUCGACCCGAGUGCGGAUUGGGAUUCAAAUAUAAACGCCGGCCGCCGCACACCUAUUCAGCACAUACGCCGUAUAGCGAUACGCAACUCACAUAACGCAUUGUGUUAUAGGUAUUAUAUAAAAUAUGCAAGUACAUUUUAUAAGCCAUAAGAUAUACCUAAGAAACUAAAUAUGAACUAUAAAAAUAAACCAUUAUAGGUAGGCAAUGGUAGGCUUCAAGACUUCUAUGUAAAAACUGAUUAUGUACCUACACGGCUACACGUUCAUAAUAGGAAUUUGUUUACAAGUUAAAACUGAAUUGUAAACAAAAUAUAUAUAUUUUAUAAUAUAAUAAUAUUAUGAAUGUUGCAGACCAACGUCAAGUAACAUCGAUUCAUUUAAGAUUUUCAUGUGACUGUGCACCGGCAGGGUGUUCGUAAAUCUGUAUUUUACACAUUCAAAUAAAUAUAUUUUAAUUUCAAUUAUUUACAUAUAUCUGUGUACAUUUUUGGAACUACAAAGGAACGAAAAAUGUUAUUUUUCCGUAAAUAAAAGAACUAGAAAAUGAACUAAUUAUUUUAUUUAUAAAAAGGAACUCACUGAACGUGCUGUUUUUUAAAAAGGAAUUCGUUCCAGGAAGCCGAACACUGGCCAAAACCCUAUUUGGCGUCCACAUCUAGCAAUAUUGGUAAAAAAAUAUACGACACUCCGCCAUAAAUGUUGUGCUGAGUAGUCGUGCAAUAUAACGUGCACUGUGCGCAGUCGACUACUCGUCUAUAAAAGUUAAUUUUUAUACCUGCACAGUAUUUUGUAAAAAGCAACACUGUACUCAAAAUUUGUUUAAUGUUUGUUUGGUCUAUAUAAUAAAAUAAGUUGUAUUUUGUUUUUCA